UUCCUAUUUAACAGACAUCGUGUGGUGGGCUGGCACAAUCGCAAUGGCUGUUGGCCAGAUUGGAAACUUCCUGGCUUACACGGCGGUCCCCACGGUCCUGGUCACUCCCCUGGGCGCCCUCGGAGUGCCGUUCGGGUCCAUUUUAGCUUCCUAUCUCCUGAAGGAAAAGCUCAACAUCUUGGGCAAGUUGGGGUGCCUGCUAAGCUGUGCAGGCUCUGUUGUGCUGAUUAUCCACUCCCCAAAGUCUGAGAGUGUGACCACUCAGGCUGAACUGGAGGAGAAGCUGACCAACCCAGUGUUUGUGGGCUACCUGUGCAUCGUGCUGCUCAUGCUGCUGCUGCUCAUCUUCUGGAUCGCGCCGGCCCACGGGCCCACCAACAUCAUGGUCUACAUCAGCAUCUGCUCCUUGCUGGGCAGUUUCACCGUGCCUUCCACCAAGGGCAUCGGGCUGGCGGCCCAAGACAUCUUGCAUAACAACCCGUCCAGCCAGAGAGCCCUCUGCCUGUGCCUGGUGCUCCUGGCCGUGCUCGGCUGCAGCAUCAUCGUCCAGUUCAGGUACAUCAACAAGGCGCUGGAGUGCUUCGACUCCUCGGUGUUCGGGGCCAUCUACUACGUCGUGUUUACCACGCUGGUCCUGCUGGCCUCGGCCAUCCUCUUUCGGGAGUGGAGCAACGUGGGCCUGGUGGACUUCCUGGGGAUGGCCUGUGGAUUCACGACCGUCUCCGUGGGGAUUGUCCUUAUACAGGUGUUCAAAGAGUUCAAUUUCAACCUUGGGGAGAUGAACAAAUCUAAUAUGAAAACAGACUAGAUUGCAACAGGGGCUUGGAUGGUUCGAGGAACAGGCAUUGGAGGUGGUUUCUGGCCCCGAUUGGAUGUGAAGUAGAAGAGGUCCUCGAUCAUGGUGUUAGAGUUGGCUGGAGAGUAACAGGUGGUCUGGUGGACAGCGGGGAGCACGGCUCAGCACCAGAGCAGAGGCCCAGCCAGCCCUCUGCAGCCCAAAGGUGCCCAGCGGUUGCCUGGCACCAUCUCUCUCUGAUGAGACGAAUCUCAUUUUCAUUUCCAUUAACCUGGAAGCUUUCAUGAAUAUUCUCUUCUUUUAAAACAUUUUAACGUGAUUUAAACAGGAAAAGAUGGGCUCUUUCUGGUUAGUUGUUACAGGAUAGCAGGGAUAUUUUUACUUAGACUACUUUGGAAAUGAGAGAUUGUUGUCUUGAACUCUGGCGCUGUACAGUGAAUGUGUCUGUAGUUGUGUUGGUUUGCAUUAAGCAUGUAUAACAUUCAAGUAUGUCAUCUAAAUAAGAGGCAUAUACAUUGAAUUGUUUUUAAUCCUCUGACCAGUUGACUCUUCGACCCCCACCCCCACCCAAGACAUUUUAAUAGUAAAUAGAGAGAGAGAGAGAAGAGUUAAUGAUGGAGUGUUCCACUGGCAGGAUGACUUUUCAAUAGCUCAAAUCAAUUUCAGUGCCUUUAUCACUUGAAUUAUUAACUUAAUUUAACUCUUACUGUGUAUAUGUUCUUAGAUUAGAAUAAUGCAACUUCCUUGAGUAUGCUUUAAUAUUUCAAUAUUCAAGUUAUAAAUGUAUAAGGCAGUUAGAAAUAAUACAGUCACGUGUCACUUAAUGACAGGGAAACAUUCUAAGAAAUGCAUUGUAAGGUGACUUUAUUGUGUGAACAUCAUGGAGUGCACUUACACAAACCUAGAUGGGCCACCUAUGACCCACCCAGGCCAAUGGCACAGCCUGUUGCUCCUGGGCUACACACCUGUGCGGCGUGUGACCGCACUGAAUUCUGCAGGCAGUCGUAACACAGUGGUGAGUAUUUGUGUUUCCAAACACACGAAGGGUUCAGUAAAACUGUGGCAUUAUAAUCCAGUGGGACCACCCACGUGGAAGUGGUGUGUCUUUGACAGAAACAUGGUUACGUGGUGCAUGACUGUAUAUUCAUUGGAAGAUAGUCAAGACUAAAGACACAUUAGAGCAAAUGGACCCACUUAACAUGUGAUUAUUGUCCAAUUAAAGACAGUUGAUUUAAGUAGCA